UGCUGCAUAUGCAUGAGGGGACCAUGGGUCCGUGAUUCUGGACUGUCCCGAGAUGCGCCUGACUAAAAAUUCUUCUGGCUUGAAGACUUGAGAGCCCGCAGAGUUCCGCACACGUACGAAAAAACUCCUCAAAAGGUCAUUUGCAGUGGACGUUUGGGGGAUAUCGGGCGAGGGCGUUCUCAAUUUGGAUCUUAUGAUCAGGCGUCUUCUAUAGACAGCCAGUUCUCAGAAGGGGUCCUCGGCCGGCUGGACUAGAAGACGAAGGGGGCGUCUCCUGUGCUUCCUGAGACGUCUUUGGAGAGCUAAGGUGGAGGCCGGCUGCGACCGUGCAGGCGACAGUGGCGGCGGCGCCUAAUGGCAGGGCUCUCAGGAUCCCUGCUGCCUUGGUGAUCCCAGGCUGACUGCCAGAGAGCACAGCGGCUCAGCUCCUGGAGAGUGAGGGUUGAAGAAAGCAGAGGGCAGCCGCCCGCACCCGCUGGCUCCCAUUAGGUCGGUUCCUGCAGCGGUGCCCAGCGGCCUUGGCGAAGGCCCUGCCUGACAGAGAUCAUGUAUUGCCUCCAGUGGCUGCUGCCUGUCCUCCUCAUCCCCAAGCCCCUCAACCCCGCCCUGUGGUUCAGCCACUCCAUGUUCAUGGGCUUCUACCUGCUCAGUUUCCUCCUGGAGCGGAAACCUUGCACAAUUUGUGCCUUGGUCUUCCUGGCAGCCCUCUUCCUCAUCUGCUAUAGCUGCUGGGGAAAUUGUUUCCUGUACCACUGCUCCGAUUCCCCGCUUCCAGAAUCAGCACACGACCCCAGUGUUGUGGGUACCUAACAGUCUGCCUGUUUAGCUUUCCAAGGAAGCAGAAGACGGGAGGGGAGGCAUUGACAUAGGUCAUAAAGCAUUGGAGUUUCAAAUCCCGCAGCCCGCGGGUGCCACAUUCCUGACGGCGCCUUUUUGGCCUGUGAUGUUUUAUCCUUAUAAUGUGAAUAAUAGCACUGACCGGUGCUUUUAUUGUAGAAUCCUAUAGUCGUGGGAGGUCUUGUGGUUGUGUGUAUUCUGUUCCCAUCUUGGUCCCAGCUGGCAGGAUGGCCACCCCCCUCGCCUCAUUCCUGCGAGGAGUCUGCACCCAUCCUGGUUAACCACCCCAGCAUGACCUGGGCUGAUAAAAUGCCAAGUCUCAUUGUCACCUCUGUGACCCCUCCUUGUCAGGGUCUCCUCCUUCUCCAGUAUGUUCCCAACUCCUCAGUCCCUCCCUUUAGUUUCUUCUACCCCUUUCCUUUUUGGGGGGAGCAUCUGUCCAAGACAGUGCUCAUAUUUGCACUUAUCUCGAAUUUAAAGAGAUUGCUGACGCCCAAGAGCCUCGCUUUUUCAUCCUUCUUUCCCUCGUCAGCAGGCUAGACAGAAACAUGUCUUGACUGUUUGUUGUUCACAAAAUCUCCAGUAUUUUUUCAACUUCAUUUUUAAGAAAGAAGUAACCAAUACAUGUUACUCUUUCACCAGGGGUCUGGGCUCAUGCCCAGCCUCACUUCCUUUGCCCUUCCUCCUGCCUUCCUCAGCUGUCCCCAGGAGGGGGCGGGCUGCCUCAUCGUGUCUCCUGUGCAUGCUCUGCAGGAUUGAGGUGUAGCGUGUUCGUGUAGAUCUAGACCUGGCCGUCCCCAGCCGAGUGAAUGGGAGAGUACGGUGUGUUUCGUAACAGCCACGAUCCCCUCGAUAGGUGUUUGGAUAUUUUUUGGUGUGCCGUACGUGUGUGUGUACGUGUACAAAUACAUGUGUAUAUUCCUUUUCAAGAAGCUUUAUUGAACGUGUUCUGAUUUUGAGACUUAGCAAUAGCUAGCUAUAGUGGGUGCCGCUACAGUGUUUAUUUAGCAUGGGUAUUGCAGAGUGACCAGCACACUGGACUCCAGGGUGGUUCAGACGAGACAGAGAGGAGCAGUGGCUGUCGUCCUCAUGCCUGGAGCUCCUUGAGUCCUGCACACAGAGACUGUACAUUUUGAAGAAUACACAGGAAGACUUUGUGACUGUCACUUGCUUUUUUUCUGUUUCUGCACUUCUGUAACAAGUGUGGGCAACAAGACUCUCUCCUGGCCUUUGCCCACUGGGGAUCAGCACGGUUGUCCCUCCAGUCUACACCACACCAUCUUUCUCUUGCCUGAGCGGGGAGGCAGGUGGGCCAGGCAGAGGACAGAACUGGAUGCAAUCCAUCUAGGGAAUGGGACCGCAAGGCCACACUUGUGGAACGUUUGGACUGCAUUCUGGAGCUUUUACUUCUGGUGUGUUCGUUGCACAGCUGUUUGAAAUGUUUAAUAAAGCUUUAUAAACUUUA